UGUUCCCAUCUCUUCUUCCUCUUGUCCUUCUCCUUUUCCUCCUUUUCCUCCUCCGUCCGUCCGUCCUUCCCAUCGCCGUCCCCGUUGGAGCUCCCCAUCCCGCCAUGUCGACGGAGCAAGUGAGCGGCCUGUGCGAGCAGCUGGUGAAGGCGGUCACCGUCAUGAUGGACCCCAAUUCCACCCAGCGCUACCGGCUGGAGGCCCUCAAGUUUUGUGAAGAGUUUAAAGAGAAGUGUCCUAUUUGUGUCCCUUGCGGAUUGAAGUUGGCUGAGAAAACCCAAACUGCUAUCGUCAGACACUUUGGUCUUCAGAUCCUGGAACAUGUUGUCAAGUUUCGAUGGAACACCAUGCCUCGCUUAGAGAAGGUUUAUCUAAAGAACAAUGUCAUGGGGCUAAUAUCAAAUGGAACGCAGAAUAUCUUGGAAGAGGAGAGCCACAUUAAAGACGUUUUAUCCCGCAUCGUGGUGGAAAUGAUCAAGCGGGAAUGGCCUCAGCAUUGGCCUGACAUGCUGAAGGAAUUGGACACGCUCUCCAAACAAGGGGAAACACAGACUGAGCUAGUGAUGUUCAUCCUUUUGCGCCUGGCAGAGGACGUGGUGACUUUUCAGAACCUGCCCACCCAGAGGAGAAGGGACAUCCAACAAACACUAACCCAGAACAUGGAAAAUAUCUUCAGCUUUCUGCUCAACACGCUUCAGCAGAAUGUGAACAAGUAUCGACGAAUGAAGACAGACACAUCUCAGGAAACAAAGGCCCACGCCAACUGCCGAGUAGGGUUAGCAGCGCUCAACACGCUAGCGGGUUACAUCGACUGGGUGGCCCUGGGCCACAUCACGGCCGAUAACUGCAAACUCCUGGAGAUGCUGUGCCUCCUUCUCAACGAGCCCGAACUCCAAGUCGGGGCAGCCGAGUGUCUCCUCAUCGCCGUCAGCCGAAAAGGCAAGUUAGAAGACCGGAAACCCCUGAUGAUGUUGUUUGGAGAUGUCGCCAUGCAUUACGUACUCUCUGCUGCGCAGAUCGCCGAUGGAGGCGGUCUGGUUGAAAAACACUACGUUUUCUUGAAGAGACUCUGCCAGGUUUUAUGUGCUCUAGGCAGCCAGCUUUGUGCAUUGCUGGGCUCAGAUUCUGAGGUGGAAACACCAGCUAACUUGGGAAAAUUCCUCGAAUCAUUUCUUGCCUUUACAACUCAUCCCAGCCAGUUUCUACGCUCAUCCACUCAGAUCACUUGGGGAGCCCUCUUCAGGCAUGAAAUCCUGUCCCGGGACCCUCUGCUGUUAGGAAUGGUCCCCAAAUAUCUCCGUGCAUCGAUGACUAACCUGGUGAAGAUCGGCUUUCCCUCCAAAUCAGACAGCCCCAGCUGUGAAUAUUCUCGCUUUGAUUUCGACAGCGAUGAGGACUUCAAUGCCUUUUUCAACUCAUUCCGGGCCCAGCUGGGAGAGGUGAUGAGGAUGGCCUGCCGCCUCGAUCCGAAGACGGGUUUCCAGAUGGCAGGGGAGUGGUUAAAAUACCAGCUCACAGCCCCCGUCGAAAUCGGACCCACAAAUUCUAAGACGGGGGAAGGCCUCUGCUCCAUCUUCUCUCCCUUCUUCGUGCAGUGGGACGCCAUGACCUUUUUUUCAGAGAGUAUAAUUAGCCAGAUGUUUCGAACUCUGGAUAAAGAAGAAAUCCCAGUGAAUGAUGGCAUAGAGUUGUUGCAGCUUGUUUUGACCUUUAAUACUAAGGAUCCCCUUAUCCUGUCUUGUGUCCUCACCAACAUCUCGGCACUCUUCCCGUUUGUCACAUAUAGACCAGAGUACCUGCCCCAGGUCCUCUCCAAGCUGUUUACAGCUGUCACUUUUGAAGUCAUCGAAGAAAGUAAGGCCCCCAGAACUCGUGCUGUGAAAAAUGUGAGGAGGCACGCCUGUUCAUCCAUCAUCAAGAUGUGCAGAGACUAUCCCCAGCUCGUGCUGCCCAAUUUUGAGAUGCUGUAUAACCACGUGAAGCAGCUGCUCUCCAACGAGCUGCUCCUGACGCAGAUGGAGAAGUGCGCCCUGAUGGAGGCCCUGGUCCUCAUCAGCAACCAGUUCAAGGAUUACGAGCGGCAGAAAGCUUUCCUGGAGGAGCUGAUGUCGCCAGUUGCCAACCUCUGGCUUUCUGAGGAGAUGCAAAGAGUGCUCUCAGACGCCGAAGCGUUCAUCUCCUACGUGGGUGCUGAUUCCAAAGUCAGCGACCCGGCGUCGGAGGAUUCCAGCGGCCUGAAUCGCUCCCGAAUAAGCUUCUGCGUGUACACCAUCCUGGGAAUCGUGAAGCGGGCCCGCUGGCCCACGGACCUGGAAGAGGCUAAGGCUGGGGGGUUUGUGAUCGGUUGCACGCCCGGCGGCAGUCCAAUCUUUCGGAACCCCUGCACGGAGCAGGUCCUGAAGCUUCUCGACAACUUGCUCGCUCUCAUAAGGACUUAUAACAAUUUGUACACACCAGAGAUGGCGGCUAAACUGGGGGAGCCUUUCUCAAGAGCACUGGACAUCCUUGAAGUGGAGAAAAAUGCCCUCUUAGGUUUGCCUCAGCCUCUUCUGGAGCUGUAUGAUUCCCCUGUGUACAAAACAGUCAUAGAAAGGAUGCAGGGCUUCUUCUGUACUCUUUACGAUAACUGUUUCCACAUUCUGGGGAACGCAGGCCCAUCCAUGCAGCAGGACUUCUACACGGUCAAAGACCUCGCCACCCAGCUCCUCGGUUCCGCCUUCAUGAACCUGAACAACAUUCCCGAUUACCGUCUCCGAACCCUGCUCCGCGUUUUCGUCAAGCCUCUGGUGCUGUUCUGCCCCCCCGAGCACUACGAAGCCCUCGUGUCCCCCAUUCUGGGGCCUCUCUUCACGUACUUACACAUGAGGCUGUCCCAGAAAUGGCAGAUCAUCAAUCAGAGGAGUAUGCUGUGUGGUGAGGAAGAGACAGCGGAUGAAAACCCGGAAUCUCAGGAAAUGCUGGAGGAGCAGCUAGUGAGGCUGCUGACCCGGGAAGUCAUGGAUUUGAUCACCGUUUGCUGUGUUUCCAAGAAAGGAGCGGAACACAACAGUACCACCACUGAUGGAGAUGACGACGAAAUGAUGUCCACAGAAGUAACCCCUCCGUCCAUGGCAGAGCUCACCGACCUCGGCAAAUGUCUGAUGAAGCACGAGGACGUGUGUACAGCCAUGCUGGUCACUGCCUUCAACUCCCUGUCGUGGAAGGACACCCUGUCCUGCCAGAGGACCACCACCCAGCUCUGCUGGCCCCUGCUCAAACAGGUGCUCUCCGGCACGUUGCUUCCGGAUGCGGUCACGUGGUUCUUCACUAGCGUGCUGAAGGGGCUGCAGAUGCACGGGCAGCACGACGGCUGCAUGGCUGCCCUCGUCCACCUGGCCUUCCAGAUCUACGAGACCCUUCGUCCCCGGUACAUGGAAGUGAGGGCGGUGAUGGAGCAGAUCCCGGAGAUACAGAUGGAAGCGCUGGAGCAGUUCGACAGCAAGCUGCUGAACCCCACCCUGCAGAAAAUGGCCGACAAGCGCAGGAAGGACCACUUCAAGCGCCUCAUCGCCGGCUGCAUUGGGAAACCUUUGGGCGAGAAAUUCCGCAAAGAGGUCCACAUCAAGAACCUCCCGUCCCUCUUCAAGAAGACCAAGCCCAUGCUGGAAGCGGAAGUGUUGGAGAGCGAGGACGGGAUCCUGACCGCCCUCUUCGAGCCCUGAAUCCAAACACACGGACUCCUCCCUCCAAAGCCUCCAUUGUCAUCUCUUCUCUCUGUCCCCCUGUAGCUCUAACCCUUCAGGCCCUCUCCACCACCGUCCUCCCAGCCCCAGGGGCCCAUCCGUGGGAGGAAGCGCCCAUUGAUUGGGGGGGGCAGGGGCAUCCUUUGAUGGUUGGUGGGCAGCAGCUGGAGCAGAGCAGCGCCCAGCCCCGCAAAGGGGCCUUGAGAGGAUGCUAGCUUGUUCCUCUGCUUAGCUGUCAAGGGGAGCAGCAGAAGGCAGCUCCUCAUCCUCUUUCUUCCCCCCUCUUACACUGUCACAAGCUCCUCUCCCCCCACCAAGGGUUGGGGCAGGAGCGGGCCUUCCCACGGGGGUUGAACAGCUCCUGCUGCUCCUCCCGUUGGCUAUAAUCCUCAGAAGCCAGAGAUGGGAAGCGUUGUUGUCAAGGCAGCAGCACGGGCCUCAUUCCUGCUGUCCAAAAAAGCAGGAUGGGAGCAGGGAGCUUCUUCAGGAGUCCUGGGAACAUCUUCCCCCAUCGCCCCAACCAGCCGAGGACAAUUUAACUCAGUCUAGCUACCAUCUGACCCAACACCCCCUCUAAAAAAAGUCUCAGAUCCUGUGGGGCCCUGAGACAAAAUGCUUUCUGAGGACGGAGCCAGGUCGAAGGACAGGGAGGGGGCUCAACUUAACCCAGCUAAUCCCUUCUCUAAUCCAUCUGCUCCAGGUGGAACAGUAGUAUUCGAGCGAGGCCCGCUGGAUUGAUGGAAAUGGGCUCAGGCUCUCCCGCCGGCCUGGGUCCCUCCCUCUCUGCCGUGCCAUCCUUCGCAAAAGCAGCACUAGGGCGUCUACCCCGGCCGCCUCUACUGCUGCCUAAGGAACUACACUUUAUACUCCCUAAACCACGGAUCGGGCUGCUGGAGAGGACGGUUGUAUUUAUUGUGUCGUGGUAUUUUUUUAAUAUCCCGUGACUUCACACUAGAAAUUUUUUUAUUGUUUUUAGAGCCUCUUUUGUAGGACUGUAAACCCUAAGGCCAUGGUACACCUCUGCAUGUCAGUAAAAACUAUCAGUUUUCGUACAGA